UUGAAUUUUUAAUAAUACUGUGAAUUAACAUGAAAUAUCUACUUAUUUAAAUAUACUUUACAAUGUAUUAUUAUUAAUUUGUUAAUAAUUAGUGUUUAUUGUUUAUAAAUUAGUGAAUACCAAAUUAAAUAAUGGUUGUGCACAACAGACAUAAAACUAAUGUUUUAAAAAGCUUUGAAACAAACAAUAGGGAUGUAGAUAGUUUGAUAUUGCAAAAUUUAAACAUAAGUGAAAAUGAAUCAAACAUAAUAAAACAUUCUUGGCAGUAUACUGUUCAAUUGAAUCCAAUUACAUUUUAUGCUAAUGAUAUAGAUUUACAACCAAACAAUGAGCAGCAAGUUUGGAAAGAGACUCGGUAUUUAUUUCUUUACAAAAAAGUGUUGGCGAUAUUGAACAAGCUUACUUGGGUUACUUUUAAAGAACUCAUUGCAAAAUUUCAAGAAUUACCAAUUGAAAAUAUCGAGUGUCUUGAAACUAUUGCUAAAAUUGUUGCUUUGAAAGCCUUUGAUGAACCCACAUUUGGACCAUUGUAUGCUGCUUUAUGCAAAGCUCUUAAUAUAACAAUAACUUUUCAAGAUGAAAAUGACAUGGUAUCAGAGAUUACAUUUAUAAAGUGUAUUAUAAAUGUAUGCCAACAAUAUUUUCAAAAAGAAUGUUUGGCCGAUGAUAUAAACAAUAAUGAUAUAUCUGUCGAACAAGAUUUAAUUCAAAGGAGGUUAAAGUUACGAGCUAUAGGUUGUUUAAGGUUUAUUGGAGAAAUAUUUAAAUUGUCGCUGUUAUCUCCGUUAGUUGUUCUUUAUUGUGUUAAUACAUUGUAUGCUAAAACUAAUGAAAAUUCCCUUGAAUACCUUUGUAGUCUUUUAAAAACAGCCGGUAAAGAAUUAUACGAGAAGGUUAAUUUAAAUGAGAUAUUGAGGCACUUGACUUACUUAACAUCUGAUGACAUGAGACACAAGAUAUCGCCAAGAAUUCGAUUUAUGAUUAGAGACGUUAUUGAAUUAACUAUGAAUAUGAAUAUAAGUGAUGCCAAUUUGCCAUUAGUUUAUAGUUAAUGUUUUAGGGAAUAUACUCUGUUUUUUAGUAAAAUAAUUUAUCAAGUAUUU